AUGGGUAAAGGAGGCCAUACUUGCACAAUUAAUAGUUUUUUUAAUUGUAAUAAUAUAACUUCAAAUAAUAAUUUACCAGAAUUCUUUUCAUUUUGCAAAGAUAAAUCAGAGCCAAAAAUCAACAAUCAUUUAAAUAAACAAUCAUUAAAAUUAUUAAAAAAUAACAACAAAAAACAAAAAAAACAAGAAAAAAAAUUAAAUAAUUUUGAAUAUUUAAAUAAUGUUUUUAAUAAUAAAUCAAUAAAUAAUAUUUCAUUUUCUUCAGAAUUAAUCGAACAAGAUGAAAAACAAGAAGAAAAAGAAGAGUCUGAAAAUAAGGACGAGUUAUUAGAAAACAAUAGUGUUAAAGAUUGUUCAAAUAAUAAUAAUAAUAAUAAUAAUAAUAAUAAUAAUAAUAAUAAUAAUAAUAAUAAUAAUAAUAAUUUAAAUACCAUUAAUAAUGUUUUAAUAGAUUCAAAAGAUAAUAGUGAUAAUAAUAAUAAUAAUAAUAACAACAACAAUAAUAUGGUUUUAGAAGAAUUUAUUGAAAUAAAAUUAAAUACUAAUAAUGAAAUGGAUAAUAUUAAAAAUAAAGUAGAGGAAAAUUAUGAAGAAGAAAAAGUAGAAGAAUUGGAUUUUGAAGAGGAUUUACUUGUUAUUGGCGAAAAUUAUGAAUUUGAAAUAAUGAAUAAAAAAUUAAAUAAUAUAAAAAGAUCAUCUGGUAAGAAUAAAAAACCAAGAAUACAUAGAUACUACCAAAAAGCUCACCAAAUGAAAAAGCAAGAAAGAAAGAAUGAAUGGUUAGCAGUACAUUAUUCACGUAUUAAAGACAAAACACCAAAACACAUUAGACAAAGACAAUACACUUAUAAACCAUUAUUUGGUAAAGAAGACUCCUACGAAACCCAACUUAGAAAAGCAUUAGCCUUAUCCGCUUCAGAAUACGACCGUCAACUCCGUGGUCCUUCAGCCUCAUCUGCACGUAGCAUGGCUUUAAGUCAAAAUCAAAUUAACGAUAUCCUAAAUAGAGAAUUAACACCAGAAGAUUACGAGCUUUUGUUAUUACUAGACACCACUGUUAAACCAAAAACUGUAGAUAUAAAGGAUAUCAAUAGUCUUCCAUUGGUUUCUUUUGGUUCCGAAUAUUCUGAUAAGUUUCCUUCUUGUAUGGUUUGCUUAAUUUCUUUCGAACAAAAUGAAACAUUAACUAAAUUAAAUUGUGGCCAUAUUUUUCACACAAACUGUAUUUCAAAUUGGUUAUCAGUGGCUUCAACAAAAUGCCCAAUUGAUAAUAUUUCAAUUUUAGAUGAAUGA